AUGACUUCGAAGAUGCAGCAGUACAAGCGAGACAAGCUGUACCUGCCUACGGCCAACUCGAAUCCGGAACGGCGGCCAGAUGCGGGAGAUUAUCAGAACUACAAGAAGGAGUCUGCUUUUAGGCGGCUGGUGAGCGGAGCGCUGCGAAGUCCUGCCGAGAGACAGAGGAGGCAGCCGAGUUCGAGUGAAUAUGAGAGCAAGCGGCAGACUGUUGCUGGCCCACCAGAACCCAAAUCACCCCCUAUCCCAGACGAAGACAGAGACCGCAGACGACGCUCUCAUCGCAAGUCAACCUACAGCGAAGCGCCUGCCCGUCAAGCGCCCAGAGACGACUAUGACUAUCGCCGUCCUGAUGAGCGUCGCUAUAGCAAGCAGUCUAUCAUGCGCCCCGAAUUGAAGCCUUUGUCUUCGAAUCCGAUUUCGAGUGUCGAUGUCAGAGAAUACAGGCCUGUCGAGCCCAAGGCUCACAAUAGGGCUACCAUCGAUGCUCGACGACCAUACACGACUGAGAGAUUGUCGAGAACUUCGCGGAGGGGUGAGCGAUACUGA